GCUCUGUCCGACUCCUCUCGCUCUUUUCCCCCUUUUGCCAAGAUGUCCGUGUACGGCCCAGUUGUUAAAAUCCACCCGGUUAUCCUCGCUUCCAUCGCCGACUCUUACGAGAGGAGGAACGAAGGGGCGCUGAGAGUGAUCGGGACUCUGCUGGGCACCGUGGAGAAACACACAGUCGAAGUGACCAACUGUUUCUCCGUCCCGCACAACGAAUCGGAAGAUGAGGUGGCUGUUGAUAUGGAGUUUGCGAAGAACAUGUACGAACUGCAUAAGAAAGUGACUCCCAGCGAGGUCAUUGUGGGCUGGUACGCAACAGGAUAUGACAUCACAGAGCACUCUGUUCUGAUUCACGAGUACUACAGCCGCGAGGCGCAGAACCCGAUUCACCUGACUGUGGACACAGCCCUGCAGAGCGGCAGGAUGAACAUCAGAGCCUACGUCAGCGCUCAGAUGGGCGUCCCAAGUAAGACUGUGGGUGUGAUGUUCAGCCCACUGACUGUGAAAUACGUUUACUUUGAUACAGAACGCAUUGGGGUUGACCUUCUCCAGCGCACUCGGGCCAGCCCGUCCCGCUCCAAAGGGUUGACCACUGACCUGGAGCAGGUUGGGUCGGCUGCCGCCCGGAUCCAGGACAUGCUGACCACCGUACUGAGCUACACUGAGGACGUGCUGUCUGGUAAGGUCACGCCUGACAACACGGUGGGUCGUUUCCUGACAGAUUUGGUCAAUAAAGUUCCCAAAAUAACAGCAGAAGACUUUGAAAGCAUGCUGAACAGCAACAUCAAUGAUCUGCUGAUGGUAACAUACCUGGCCAAUCUGACUCAGGCUCAAAUCGCCCUCAACGAGAAGCUGAUCUGUCUGUGAGCGAGUCGCUUUCCUGGGUUUCCCCUGUGAAGUGUUUUUUGACAGUACAAAUAAAAUUUAGGUUUAUCUGA